UACCCUGUGUGUGGUGCUAUACAUCUUACACCUACGUAAAUUAAAAAAAAGCGUUCUUUAUCGCGUUAACUUUUUAUGGAAAACGAUUAUACUACGUAAAAGCGACAAAUUUUUAUCAAGGACAUGGAAGACGAAUUAGAAGAUAGAGUGCUAUACCAGACAUACAUUUCUUUAAUGAAAAUUUUGUCUCGCUUUACGAGCAAUAUCCCCUUUGAUACUCCUGUGAGCUAUUUAUGGAAAAUGGUGCGUCUUUAUUUACUACGUUCAGAAGUAAUAGUGUUCACCGUAGGUAUUAUUAUAUGCUUCAUGUAUCUUCAAACAAUCGAACUAUGGAGUCGCACGCUGCUGAGCAGGCUUUCUCAAGCCAUGAGCCCUAUGGGCGCCAUGCAGCGUAUGAAGUUCAUGGAGGGCUCGGAAUUGGACAAGCAGAGCUGGGAGCAGAAAGGAACGCUUAGCGCCGUUUACGCAAUCAAAGGUAGAAGACUGCACAUGGAAGACAGGUUCAUCAUCAACGAGAACAUCAACAACACGGGUAUUUCAUUAUUUGCCAUAUUCGAUGGACACGGUGGGGAGUUUGCCGCGAACUAUGCGAAAGAUCACCUUGUACAAAAUCUUCACAACAAAAUUGUGGAGUUAAGUGCCUUUAAAGAAGGUAAACUGACACCAUCUAAAGAGACAGCUAUAGAUGAGGCGAAAUUAGAAGAGAAAAAGAAAGAAGAAAGCGGUGGUACUGUUGAGAAAAAACCAAGUUUUAAAAAAUCUGCAGGCACUGCUGAUGAUACCUCUAAGAAAGAAAUCACUGAUCCACAACUGCUGGCUCAACUGUCUAAAGCCCGACCAAUCACUAGGGAAGUGAGACCAACUGCAGCACCGGUUAAGCCAGUACUGGUGCCAUUGUCAAGUUAUAUGGAUAAGGGCAAAAUAAACUAUGGUAAGCUGCUAACUGAUGAGGUGCUAGCUGCUGACAGAUUGUUGGUGGAGGCUGCCAAAAGAUCCAUGAAUGUAGCUGGUACAACUGCACUGAUUGCUGUGAUGGAAGGAAGAAACCUUAUUGUUGCUAAUGUUGGAGACUCUAGGGGAGUUAUGUGUGACUCCCGUGGUAAUGCAAUCCCCGUAUCUUUUGACCACAAACCUCAACAGGUGCGAGAACAAAAACGGAUUGAAGCUGCUGGUGGUUACAUAGCAUUCAAUGGAGUGUGGCGUGUAGCUGGCAUCUUGGCCACUUCACGUGCAAUGGGAGACUAUCCCCUCAAAGAUAAGAAGUUUGUCAUUGCCGACCCAGACAUUCUCACCUUCAACCUUGAUGAUCAUAAGCCCAUGUUCCUGGUACUUGCAUCUGAUGGCCUAUGGGAUACUUUCACUAAUGAGGAAGCUGUAAAAUUCAUUAAAGAACGACUUGAUGAACCAGACUAUGGAGCCAAAAGCUUGACUCUCCAAGCUUACUACAGGGGGUCAGUAGACAACAUAACGGUUUUAGUUAUAAAUUUUCUAAACAACAUAAUGUCCUCCGCAUCCCAUGGGCAGUAAAUAAAGACUUUUUGAGAAUUUUGAAGACUUAUCGGUUUAAAUUUUACAGAGCACUUUAUGUGCAUUAUCAGUCUCAAAAUUUUAUUAUGUGAAAAUACAUAAAGGUUUCUACUGUCUCAGUUUUUGAAUGAGCCAGUAGAAAGCAUUGUGAUAAUAUGGCUGGCAAUACGCAUCAGAUAAGAACUUGUCAUUUUUGUUAUGACUAUUUUUAUAAAGCCCACAUAUAAGGCCAUGAACCAUAACAUCCUGGUAAAUGCAUUUGUCAAUCAUUCAAAAAUUAAUCUCAUUACAAUUAAAAUCCAAAUCAUUUCUCUGUUGUAGCAUAAUAAAAUAAUAUAAAAUAUCUGGUCAUUUUCUAUGAAUAUUGUCUUAGUAGAUCACAUUUGUAUCAAGUAUUGAUGUGAGAAUAAUAAUAAAAAUAUUAUAAACCUAUGUACAUAGAUUUGUCCAGUAGUCUAUGCAUAGUUAGAUAAAAGAGUCAUUUAUAUUUUUAAAUGUUAUUCUUAUAUGCAUGUAUGAAUAGUCUUCUAUUUUUGAAAUUGAAAUUUUUGAAUUUAUGAAUGGUUGUGAUUGCGGACACAGAAAAUCACACAGAGCAAAAAAUUAAUUAAUUUUUGUUCCAUUAUCCACUCAUUUCCACUGUUGUACUAAAGUGUUGUUUUCUUUAAUUAUAUACAAUGCUAUUACAGUUUGUUAGUGGAAUAUUAAUUUCUUAUUGAAGCCAAAAGUAGGUAUUUGUAAUAGAUUGCCAUAAAUGUUAAUUGUGAUAUUGCUAGAUGUUAUAAAAUGUCCUGAACGCUUUUCUUUAAAGUGGUUUUUGAUAUAAAGUAAAUGGAUGUGUUUUGUCCAGUCUCUAGAAGGGUUUCUAAAUGUAAGAAUUACUAAAUUGGGGUGUUCAUCUUUAUGAUAUAAUAAUAUGUAUUUGUGAAUUACCAAUAUUUAAUGCAUCUUACGUCUUAUGCUUGCGUAUUAAAUAUACAUUGUCUAUAAGACAUAUUCAUAAUAGCAUUAGAUUAGAAUCUAUGUGGUGUAAAGGAACAACCCAGCCAGCGCAUAUUUUACCGCAUACACAUUUGUGCUGCUUACGAAAUUGUUCAUCAUUCAUCUUGGUGCUAGUCAUGCUUUUAUUUUCUGCUAUUUAGUUGUAUUGCAGGUACCUUAGCACAAUGUUGACAUAAUUUGUUUUGGUUACAAUCACGCUGAGAGAAUUACAUGCAACAUAACAUAACCGUGUUUACUAACACAGUAAAUAUUAAUAAUACUAGUGAAGAGAUACUGUAAUAGUUUUUGGUCUCAUCAAUUAUUAUGUAGGCCUAGGUCAACUCAAGAUUGUAUAAUUCUAUCAAAAUGGGGCCAACUUGACCUAGUACAGUGAGGUCUAUUUGCAAAAUUGCCAUUUCACUACUGUGGUUAAAUUUUGAGUAAUAUGUGUGUGCCAAAUGGAAAAUUAUCUUUUUUAAAAUAGCCCGGUUCUUGCCCAUAUUUACUAUGAAAUUAUCGAAAAGGAGAUUUAUUACUAUCUACUUAUUGUAACUAUCUUUUAAAGAAGUACAGUAUAAUCUUAAAACUUUAUCUCAUCUAAUUGUUUGCUGUUUAAACUACCAAAGCAUAUUAUAAUACGUAAAUAAAUGGUAAUGUGGAAAAAUGUUCUUGUUUCUUUUUAUUUUAUUACUUUGUGUUUCAAUGUGGAGAGA